AGAUGGCAACAGUGUGACGUCAUGAAUGCUUGGCUCCGGAAAGAACCGCCACCGAAGAAAAAAAAAAAGGCGGAGGUUAGAAGGUGAAAGUAAAGGCUUCAAACGUGCGCAUAGUAGUGUUUGCUGGAAUAAAAAAUGUUGAAAGAGUUGGUGAAGGAGCGACUAAUGGCGUCAGCGGAUGAAAUAUUUGCGCUGUUUGAAAGAACGAUAGCGUCGUACGAGGAGGAACUCUCGCGAACAAAAGAGGAAAACGAGCGACAUCGUCAACAACUGCAAGCUGUUUGCAACACUCUACAAAUCAAAGAUGUCCAUCAGCUGAUUGGUCGUCAAAAAAAAUGUCCAGCUCAUUUGCACGGGAGGAACUCUUCUUUGAAUCAGGAGGAUCCAUAUCCCCCUAACAUUGAAAGGGAAGACGAGGUUCUCUGGAUCACUCAAGAAGGAGAGUGUCUACAAGGGUUGAAAAAGGUUGAUUGCACCGACUUGCCACAGACUCUUGUCUCUGUGAUGAUUGAAGAUCAUGAAGACAAAUCACCGGAGUCCUCACAGUUUCAUUACAGUCCAAGUGAGGAAAACGGAGGGGCAAAGCCUCCAAGUAGCUGCUCACCACAACACAUAACAGAAGCUGAUGGAGACCCCUGUGGAGGAUCACAAGCGGGCAACUUCUUAGCUCCACUAUCAGCCAGUGAGGUCGACGACAUGGAUGCUACCAGAGAACCUCUGAGCAGGGAUGCAGGGACUCACACUCACAUUCAGCACUCUGAAUGCUCUCAAAACAAGACAGACGUCCAGCAGCUGAUUCGUCCUCAAGAAGAACAUACCCCUUCGCCGUGGGGCACUUUGGAGCCGGGCCCGCUGCCCUCCCACAUUAAAGAGGAAGAGGAGGACAUAUGGGCCACUCAGGGGGGAGAGUGUCUUCGAUGGCUAAGGGAGGCCAAUCUUACCAGGUUGCCACUGACUGGUGUCUCUGUGAAGACUGAAGACCAUAGACAGGAAUCACAAGCAGACAACUUCUUAGCCCCACUGUCAAAAUGCAAGGACACGGCAUCCCGUUUCCCUGACAUCACCCAAAAACUUUUAAGCGAUACAAAUGGUGAAGGUGAUUUGAGGACUCACACUGAAAACAAACACUCUGAAUGCUCUAACAAGAAGACGGAUAAAAAACAUUGGACUUGUACAGUUUGUGAUAAAAGCUUUUCUAACAAGGGUCAUUUAAAUCGACACAUGAUGACACACACAGGAGAAAAACCUUUUUGUUGCCCAGUUUGCAACAAAAAGUUCUCGCAAAGGUCACCGAUGGUAUCACACAUGAAAACACACUCAGGAAAACAAUAUCCCUGUUCAGUUUGCGGUAGAAGUUAUUAUUAUAAGGCAAGUUUGAAUGCACACACGCGGACACACCACGGAGAAUUAAAAUAGAGCCUUCGGGACCUUCCAUGUGGUUGAGAUUGCGUCAAGUUAUGUUCAAUCAAUAAAUUUUCACAAAUGA